AUGCUAAGUGUGCAAUGGUACGUCCCUGAAGAGGAGAACGCAGACCUAGAAUGGGAUGAUGAAGUUGAUGACGAGGAAGUGGAUCACAUGGUUGAGCUGCUGCGCGAAGGACAUGUGUUCACACCUCACGAAUUCCGUGGAGGAGAUUUGUCCAUUCGUCCUUUCAUUGGACAAACCGAGGGUGGAUCUGCGAGAAGAGGAGGAGAUACAGCUGGUGCUGCAUCGAAAAGUAAACGGAAGCCGCAUCAGAAGAAGCAGGGAAAAAAUCCUGGUGGCAGAGAAACUAGAUCCUACGAAAGAGAGAGGAAGAAGGAGAAUGUGCCUGAAGCCGUGGAGGACCAUGCAGAACUGAAAGAGUGGAUUGCUGGUAAACUUCGCAAUAUGAAGGAAGAGCUGGUGGAGUACAUCAGAAGCGAAUUCGAGAAACGAGAUGGAGACGAUGUCAAAGAAAAGGGGAAAAAAAAAGAAACGGAAAUGGGGAUGGAGACGCAGAAAAGUAAGAAGGAAAAUGUGUCGGUAAAGAGAAAGGGGAAGGAAAAAGAAGAUGAACAAACGAGAGACAGCGAGGACGAGUUAGAUGAAGUAAUUGUGGUUGGAGUGAACAACAAGGGAAAAGGCAAAGUCGGAGAUAAGGCAGCCACAAGCCUCAGGAGAUCUAACCGGCUUAAGAGGAAAGUUGUGGCGGAUUAUGGUAGUGUAGAUCUAUCGUCCCUGCAAAAAGAAGAGAAAAAGGGCGGCGGAAAGACCACGAGGGGAAAGAGGAGAAAGCUAGAGUUUGAUGUGCCUAGUCUUAUAGAUGAAGAUCUUGACAUGUUCAGUGACGGGGGUAAUCAUAGUGAUCCUCCAAAUGAACCGAGCGAAACCGAACGUGAUGAAGGCAUAGAAGAACCCGAAAACAAUGCCGAAAAAAUUGAUCAAGACCCCAAAGAUGAGGCACCAGUUGAUGACACUCCGCAAAAAAAGGUCACGUCGUCGCAUAAGCUUCAGAUGGUUCUUUACAAUGGAGAAGGUUUAAACUCCCCUAUUCAAGCCAAUCCUAUUCAACUAGUCGGGUACACCACACCUCCGGUCGUGGGAGAGAAGGUGCAGUCCCAUGAAAACAGUACACCACCAGAGGGGUCAAGUCGAAUGCUUUCUGAUCAGCCUCCUCCUGCCCCUGCAAAUGGGCGUGGUGGAAAGCGUGUACCGCAGAAGUCGGAGAAAAUAAGCGGCGUGUACACCUGCGAUCCAAGGAUCCGAGCUCUGUUUGCAAGUCGAACUAAACCGGCGUAUGCACCUAUACAAACUCUUCAUGCGGAGGAAUGGAAUACAUUCAGAAGAACUCUUACCGCAGCGAAAGAGCAAUCAUUCGAGAUCAUUACUGGGCAGACGGUGACGAACGCAUUCUUCCUCGAGAUUGCAAAGCCAACACAGUGGCUCGCAACACCUCAUAUGCAGGUACUGACGGCCCUGCUCGUGAGGCGCAGAGGUGAUAUCUUACUGAAAGAUAGAGCUGUGUUCGUCGAUCCAUGGUUUACGAGCUUUCUCGUCUCAGGCUAUGCGUUGUUUAAAGGACUAGAGGUUAAAGAUAAGUGUGAUUGGUCUCCAAAUGUGGAGAGAUUUGUGACAGGGAGAGGCGGUCGAUCUGGCAAGCUAAUGAAAUCAAUGUUUCUCAAAGAUGUCGACCGGGUCUACACUCCAAUGAACUGGGGAAGCACCCACUGGGUUGGUCUUGUAAUCAAUCUACGUUUCUCUACCAUUGACAUUUACGAUUCAUACACCUCCAUCACAGAGAAUGAAGAGAAAGUUGUGCAGUACAUGGAACCUGUGCUAGUGUCACUGCCCUGGGCUAUGAAGCGGUACUUGCCAGCGGAAAUAAGUAAGUCAAUUUCUACCGGUGGAUACACGUGGAGGAGAGUAGAGGGCGUAUACCAGAACCUUAGGAGCGGUGACUGUGGAGCGUGUGCAAUGAAAUUCCUCGAGAUGCAUGCUGAGGAAGGUAGCGUUGAAGAAAUGGGCAAUCUGACAGACAAAGACGUUGACACGUUUCGUGUAGUAUAUGCGAUGGAUAGCUACGAAGAGUUUGUCGGGAAUGCGGAGGUUAUGAACAACUAA